UUCCACGGUUGUUCAUUUCCGUGUUUUGGAUACUUACAGUUACAGCAAAACAAUCCCCUCUUCCACAGCUCCACUUCCUUGGUUUGUUACUCUCUUUCUCCCUCCUCAAUUUCUGUCACGAGAAUUAGGAACGAGGUUUGAUCUUUCAUGGAGAAAACAUCUGAUAAAUUAGAUGAUCAUGAUGGAGUUAAAGAACAAAAACAACAACAACAAGAAGAAGAUAUAGAAGCAGCAGAGCUGAUUCUGUUUCAAGUCUCAGAAUGCUACGUUUAUUUGAUACCCCCACGGAUGAGUGCCGCUUCGUACAGGGCCGAAGAAUGGAAUGUUAAUAAAUGGGCAUGGGAGGGGUCAUUGAAAGUUAUUAGCAAGGGAGAAGAGUGCAUCAUCAAACUUGAAGAUAAGACCUCAGGAGAGCUUUAUGCUCGGGCAUUUCUGAGAAGCGGAGAGCCACAUCCUGUGGAGGCUGUAAUUGACAGCAGCAGGUACUUUGUUCUUCGUGUAGAAGAGAAUAUUGGUGGUCGUGUUCGACAUGCUUUUAUUGGCAUAGGGUUUCGAGAAAGAACAGAAGGUUAUGACUUUCAAGCUGCUCUUCAUGAUCAUAUGAAAUAUUUGAACAAAAAGAAGACUGCUGAAGAGAUGGAGCAGCGGUACCAAAAAACUGAAUCAGUUGAUUACAGUCUAAAAGAAGGGGAAACCAUUGUGCUCCAAUUAAAAAAUGAUAAGAAAGGAGGCGGCAGUGUAAGGUCCAGAUUUUUCGAGCAGGGUCUCAACAAUCUCCCACAAGAUGAUAAGACUGGCAAGAAAGAACUCUCCGGAAUCUGUUUACCACCACCUCCACCUGCACCGCUCUCGCCUGGGAAUGUCAUUCAAAAACCUCCAGCGACAUUUCCAACAAACUUCAGUCUGGAUGGAACUGCCAAGGAUGAGUCCACUUUACAUUCCACCAAAGAUAAUCAAUCAACGGAAUUAUUGUCUCUGGAUAAUGAUGCCAUUCCAGAAGAUGAUUUUGGGGAUUUUCAGGCAGCUGGGUAAUUUUGUCGACGACACUGAUUUGCUCUUAGAGUUCUACUUGUUACUUAAAAAGGGAUCAUAUGUAUGUGGUGGUUACAUCUGCUAGUUUUGGUUGAUGCAGUAAUAAAUCAUCUGGCAAGUUAGAUUUUAGUUGUUAUUAAAUACUAUAGGGGUUUAUAGUUUGUAUAAACUGUGACACAAUACCUUCAUCUAUUCAACCAAAAAAAAGAAGUGGUUGUCCUGUA